UGAUACAGAGGGUGCGUGUUUCUUUCUCAACAAAACCCCUCUUUUAUAAGCCCUAGUUUUGCUGCUUGAGAGCUCCAUUGUUAAGAAAUUACAUACAAUUAUUGUGUGUAUACACCAUGGGUUCAAGGGGGGCUUCUGAUAACCCUAGAUUUGGCGAUGGAGCUAGUCCCGGAAAGAUUUUCAUUGGGGGUUUGUCGAAAGAGACCACACUAGAUACAUUUGUCAAGUACUUUGGGAAGUAUGGAGAGAUUACGGACUCUGUUAUUAUGAAAGAUCGAAUGACUGGUCGGCCUAGGGGUUUUGGGUUUAUUACUUAUGCUGAUCCAUCUGUCGUCGACACUGUCAUUGUUGAAACUCAUAUCAUUAACGACAAACAAGUUGAGAUCAAAAGAACAAUUCCUAAGGGGUCAUCAGAUUCCAAAGAUUUUAAAACCAAGAAAAUAUUUGUUGGUGGCAUACCUACAUCUGUUACUGAAGAAGAGUUAAAAGAUUUCUUUUCGAAGUAUGGCAAUGUGGUUGAGCAUGAAAUCAUACGAGAUCAUACGACCAAGCGUUCCAGAGGCUUCGGUUUUGUAGUAUUUGACAGUGAGCAGGUUGUUGACAAUAUCUUGGUGGAUACGAACAAAAUUGAUAUGGGCGGUACAAAGGUUGAGAUCAAAAAGGCCGAACCCAAGAAAUCCUCAAAUCCGGCACCUGGCCCUGCAUAUGGUAGUGAACCUAGGGGGCGUUCUUACGGUGAUACUUUUGGGGGUUAUGGUGACUCCUUUAGCAAUUACAGUGCUGAUAGGUUUGGUCCACCUUCAUAUAGAUCAUAUGGUGGGAUGUCUGAUAGGCAUGGAGAUUUUGGUGGAUAUGGUGGUGGAUUUAGUGGGCGUUAUGGGGACUUUGGUGGGAGAUACGGGGACUUGGGUGGUAGAUAUGGAGACUAUGGUGGUUAUCGUGGAGAGCCCUCACCUGGCUACUCUAGUCGCUAUGGAUCCCUUGGUGGCGGUGUUGGCGGUGGUGUCGGUGGUGGUUAUGGUGAAAGUGGGUUAGGUUCAUAUGGCCGUGGAGGUGUUGGUGGCGGAUAUGGUGGAAGUGGGUUAAUUUCAUACGGCCGGGGUGGUGUUGGAGGCUAUGGAGCUUACGGUGGACCUGGUGGUGAUUAUGAAGCCGGUCCAGGUCCUAGUUAUGGCGGGGCAGGGGGAGUGUAUGGAAGUAAGGGAGGUUAUGGUGGCAGUAGUCGUUACCAUCCGUAUGGCAGGUAGAGGUAGUAAGUGGAACUUCUGAUUGCAGAAGUAGCACAAUAUUCUUUGCUGUCUGCUGAAUGUUGUGGAUCAGAGUGUAAAACAAUUCGCUGCAUGACUGUUUUGUCUAGAAGAAUUGAUAGUUUAGUUUCUUUUAUUGAUCGUAUGCAGAAGAUUUUAAUAUCUUUCGGGUGCUGGAACUCUUGAAACUUCUUUUCAGCAAGAUAUCUGUAUCAUGAUAUUUGACAGACGAAAACUAGGUUAUUGAACUUGUGAAUGUUUGUCAUAGCAUUUGCCUAA